AUGCAGUUUUCACAGCUUCUUCAGAUCUGGGCCCUGGCCAGCAUGGGAGUCACUGCUGCCCCCAUGCCAUCCGUUCCCGCAGCCCAGGCCCCCAACAACGUUGAUGUGAUCGGAGGCUUGGGAGCCGCGCGCCAUGGUCGGUCGACCAUCGAAGCGCGUGGCUUGACUGCCGAGGAGAAAAAGUAUGGUCCUCUUGUUCAGUGCGAAACUUGCACCGAAGCUUUCAACGGCUUGACGAUGGCGAAGGCACAUGCAAAAGAGCGAGGCCAUAUACUCAACUCAAAGCACGUCAAGAUUUACAAGGAUCAACAGCUCAAAGGCCUGCAACACGCGAGCGAGGAGGAACAUGGAGGUUUGGUCGACAACGCAGCAACAUCAAGUGGGAGAAGACUCCAGCGGCUACCGAAUAUACAUCGCAAGCAUUCGAACGCCUAA